AAUCAUGGAAAAACCACCCGCCAAGGGUUUCUCAUAGAAGAUCAAGGUUAGGAAAGUACUUCAGAAGUACUAAGUAGGAUGAGUACCCCUUUAGCCAGGGGACCAUAUGGAUCAGGUUGAAGAAGUACUACGGCAAGAAGACCGAGUUGACAAGGAAAACAAGAGUUACCAAGUACUCCAAGAGUACCUUGAUACUGAAGUACACUAGGAAUAUCCUGCUACUGAAGAACUCCAGGAGUCCCCUGCUACUGAAGAAAACCAGGAGUCCCCUGCUACUGAAGAACACCAGGAGUCCCCUGAUACUGAAAACUCCAGAAAUAUCCUGCUACCGAAGAAUUCCAGGAGUACCCUGUUGCUGGAGAACUCAAGGAGUACCCUGACACUGAAGAACUCAAGGAGUCGCCUGUUAUUGAAGAAAUUCAGGAAUAUCCUACUACUGAAGAACUCCAGGAGUACCCUAAUACUGAAGAACUUCAGGAGUACCCUGAUACUGAAGGACUCCAGUAGUCCCCUAAUACUGAAGAACUCCAGGAUUCCCCUGAUACUGAAGAACUCCAAAGAGUCCCCUGAUACUGAAGAACUUCAAGAAUAUCCUACUACUGAAGAACUCCAGAGAGACCCCUGAUACUGAAGAACUCCAGGAGUCCACUGAUACUGAAGAACUCCAGGAGUCCACUGAUACUAUAGAACUGCUCCAGGAUGGGUUCCUCUAUGUCUGGUGAGAUGGAUGAGGGAUUGCCUCCACUUAACUACCAGGUUGCUAUGUCUAACCGGUUGUUUAAUGACGACAUAUCCCUGGACGAUCUACCAUGCAUGAACUAUCUAUCUAGGUUGCUAUGUCUAACCGGUUGUUUAAUGACGACGUAUCCCUGGAAGAUCUACCAUGCAUGAACUAUCUAUCUAGGUUGCUAUGUCUAACCGGUUGUUUAAUGACGACAUAUCCCUGGACGAUCUACCCUGUAUGAACUAUCUAUCUAGGUUGCUAUGUCUAACCGGUUGUUUAAUGACGAUGUAUCCCUGGACGAUCUACCCUGCAUGAACUAUCUAUCUAGGUUGCUAUGUCUAACCGGUUGUUUAAUGACGACGUAUCCCUGGACGAUCUACCAUGCAUGAACUGUCUCCGGGUAGAGAUGGGAGAGAGAGCUUGUUAUACAGGUAUUUGUGAUAAUUGUGGACAGACUCCUCCUAGUUUAAGAUGGAUGUAUCCUGAUGCUCCAAUACCCCAACCCAGGCACACAAGGAGACGUUAUCCCAGAUUAUCUGAGGUUCGGAGCCAAAGCACUGAUAGACCUGACCCUGUUAUACCAGCAAGCAGAAGACGACGCCUCAGCGUAGACUCUAUACAGCCUGGAAUCAGCCUUGCAAGGAUAGAAACCUGUACAUUUACACACAACUACAGACGAGUCGUGGGUGUAGAUUCUUCAGGAGAAGACAAGGAUACCUGUACAUGUGUAAUCUGUAUACAAGAUUUUGUUGAUGGAGCUAAGGUUCGUAGACUCGGAUGCCUUCAUAUAUUCCAUGUAAACUGCGUAGAUGCCUGGUUAGCUAGGAACAGGUGCUGUCCUGUAUGCCGCGUAGAUAUUGAAGAAGCCGCAGCGCAGUUCAGAUAAACCCUAUGUCGUCUUCUUUAUCAAAGACAUCAAGUGAAAGUGCUAAGGGUUAUCCUUAGACUUAUUGUGCCGAUUAGACGAAAAUCUGGCCUACAGUAAUAUUUUAAAAGAAGUUAGACUAUAUUUCGUAUUGACAGGAUUGCUGAAUUUGUUGUGAAAAGAUGUUAAUACAUCAAAGACAGAUAAGGCCGACCAUGAAACACGUGGAACCUGCCUAUAGGUCUGUUCCCUAACUCUUUAAAUAUGACAUGUUUUAUGCGGUGUGUUUUGUGCUCCCUACCUACGUAUAAAAAAGUAUACUGAAUUCAUUUCUUUUGACUUGAAAAAUCAUCUGGUUUCAUAACUUUGUAUAUCUGUAUCGUACUGUGUAUUUGCAAUUUGAAAAAAAAUAUUUUUAUAUUUUCUUAGAUUUGGAUUUAAGUUUGGAAAUGGAUUGAAGAAUAUAUUUGGCUUGAAUUUGAUAAAUAUUGAAUGAGAAAUGUAAAAUGUAGCAUUCUGCAUUAAAACUAUUUUGUACUUUUAUUCCUUGCAAUUUUGGAAAGGAUACAGAACAGUAAAUUUAAAUUUUGGCAAAUUUAAAAACUUGAGACAUUAAGAAAUAAUUUUAUACAAAAAGAUCGUUCGCUUUCAUGCAGUCAAUUUCAUUCGUUUAUGAUCAUAUCGUCAAUUAAAACAAACAUUUUCCUCUCUCACUCUGUUAAUAGUUUUUAUGAAACUUUAGUGUACUUUAUCAUUAUUACUCACUUCAUCGUGAAUUUCAAAAUGAACGUGCUAUAAAG